AGCUAAACUGCUAUUGACUGUGAUAGAAGCUAGCACAUUGAAACGCGGAGGAAAAUGUCACAAAAUCAGCCAAACCCGACGGUAAAUACCGCGCCAACCAUGGCAGGGAUAAUCGGAAGAAUGGACAGUUUUGAUAGUGCGGCGGAGGACUGGACAACAUACAUUGAGAGGUUGGAUCAGUACUUUGUUGCAAACGACAUUCCAAACAGCAAAAGGGUAGCUGUACUGCUUAGUGUAAUGGGAGCUAAGACAUAUAAUUUGCUGCGCAGCCUAAUGACUCCAGAUAAACCUGCUGAUAAGUCGUACACAGCCAUUGUUACUGCGUUAGAGACUCAUCUGAAUCCGAAGCCUCUCGUCAUCGCUGAGCGUUUUAAAUUUCAUAAACGAAACCAGUUGAAGACAGAGUCUAUUGCUGAAUUCGUGGCAGAGUUGAGGAGACUGUCUGAGCAUUGUUCAUUUGGAAGAAAUCUAUUAGAUUCACUGCGAGACAGAUUUGUGUGCGGGCUGAUCAACGAAAAUAUACAGAAACGGCUGUUAACAGAAAAAGACCUGACGCUGAAACGUGCCAUUGAGCUCGCGACGUCAAUGGAAGCUGCUGCCAAAGGCGCUACCGAGCUGCAACAGCAGAUGGCGCAAGAAUGCCAUGUACACGAGUGCAAUGUGCACAAGAUAGACAAAAGACAACAGAAAAGUGAUGCAUGUUAUCGCUGUGGCAAGAAGUCACACACUCCAGCUGAAUGUUGGUUUAAAGAUAAAGAAUGCAACAAAUGCCAGAAAACAGGUCACAUACAGAAAAUGUGCAAAACCAAAAUGAGAGAAAAAGUGAAAGAGAAAAAGUUCCACAAACGAAAAGAUAAACAAAGAGAAAUGCAUGACAUUGAAACUUGCUCUUCUGACACAGAUAGUGCACAAGACCUAGCCUGCUUUGAUGUAUGCUCAUUGAAAAGACCCAACAGGGGAAUUAUAUGGGUUUCACCUAAAGUGGAGGGGAAAACACUGACCAUGGAGUUAGAUACUGGAUCUGCAUUGUCAGUCAUCUCCAAAAAGGAUUACCAGGCACACUUCUCACAUCUAAAAUUACAGUCUACUGAUGUAAUGCUCAAAACUUACACAGGGGAGCGCAUAGCCCCAAUGGGCGUGGUCAAGGUGAAGGUACACUACAGCGAUCAACGCCAUGUGCUGUCCCUGUAUGUUGUUGAGAGAGGAGGUGCGCCCCUGUUUGGCCGUGAAUGGCUUCGUGAGAUACAAUUGGAUUGGCAGUCAAUUAAAGAAAUGCAAGCAACAGUGACCAAAAAGCAGAGCACCGGCUCUACAACUGAAAAAUUGAAUAAAAUACUUACCAAUGCAGGUGAAGUGUUUCAAGAUGGCAUAGGCACACUUAAACACCUGAAAGCCCAGAUUGUGCUGGAAGAUGACGCUGUUCCCAAAUUCCACAAGGCGCGCCAGGUUCCAUACGCUCUCCGCCCCAAAGUGGAAAAUGAACUCCAAAGGCUGGAAAAUGAGGGCAUCUUAUCGAAAGUGGACUGGUCUGAAUGGGCAACGCCAAUAGUGCCAGUGGUAAAGGGAAAUGGCUCAGUACGCCUCUGCGGAGAUUUCAAGGUCACAGUCAAUCCGGUCCUGAAGGCGGAACAGUACCCUCUACCGCGUAUUGAUGACAUCUUUGCAGCGCUGGGCCAAGGUAAGCGAUUCUCCAAGAUUGACCUAGCACAAGCGUACUUACAGAUGGAGAUGGAGGAGUCGUCUAAAAAGUACUUGACCAUCAAUACCUCCAAAGGUCUCUAUCAGUACAACCGCCUGGUCUUCGGCAUCGCUUCAGCACCGGCAAUCUGGCAGAAAGCAAUGGAGCAAGUCCUACAAGGCAUACCGAAUACACAGUGCUAUUUGGAUGACAUAGUCAUUACAGGAGAAAAUGACGACGCACACCUUGAAAAUCUGGAAAAAGUGCUCAAAAGAUUGGAUGAAUUUGGAUUACGGGCCAACAAAGCAAAAUGUGAAUUCUUUCAAGAUGAAAUUGAAUACUGUGGCCACAAAAUUGACAAAAACGGGCUACACAAAUGCAAAGACAAAAUUGACGCUGUAUUGAAGGCCCCACCUCCACAGAAUGUUUCUCAACUGAGAUCUUUCUUGGGCCUUGUAAAUUAUUACCGAAAAUUCUUGCCCAACCUGUCCUCAGUGCUACACCCCUUGAAUUGCUUACUCCAACUUGGCAAUAAGUGGCACUGGUCCCAGGACUGUGAAAAGGCCUUCAAGCAAGCAAAGGAGUUAGUGACAUCAGACAAUGUCUUAACUCACUAUGACCCCCAAGUGCCUCUCAAGCUAGCAUGUGAUGCUUCGCCUUACGGAAUCGGAGCCGUGCUAUCACACCGAUUCAGUGAUGGAACAGAGCGACCAAUAGCAUUUGCCUCCCGAUCUCUGAAUGCAGCUGAGCGUAACUAUGCGCAAAUUGACAGAGAAGCUCUUAGUCUGGUCUGGGGAGUGAAAAAGUUCAACCAAUAUCUUUAUGGUAAGCACUUUACCCUCCUCACGGAUCAUAAACCCCUUGUUUCCAUCUUUAAUCCAGCUAAGGGAGUGCCAGCCAUGGCCGCUGCACGACUGCAACGGUGGGCUUUGUUCCUGAGUGCUCACACCUACAGCAUUGAGUACAAGGGCACACAACAUCAUGGGAACGCUGACGGGCUGUCCCGUUUGCCACUGCAAGUCGCACCACCAGUAAAGACCAAAGAAGCUGUGGAUAUGUUCCAGAUGGCACAAGUGGAUCCUCUACCAGUCACAAGUGAGGAGAUCGCACGAGAGACAGGCCGCGACCCUGUCUUGUCCAAAGUCUACGAGUUGACGCUGAAAGGCUGGCCACGCCACGGUGACUCAUCCUUACCGGGCUAUUCAAGUCGACGAGAACAGCUCACAGUGCAUCAAGGAUGCAUUUUGUGGGGGGCGAGGGUAGUCAUACCACCGAAGCUGCGCCAGAGGGUUCUCACUGUGAUACAUGAGGGACACUUAGGCGUGGUGAAAAUGAAAGGCCUCGCAAGGAGCUUUAUAUGGUGGCCUGGAAUCGAUGAAAAGCUUGAAGAACUAGCCAAGACAUGCUAUGGGUGUCUACAGACCCAAAAGUCUCCACCAACAGCCCCACUGCAUGUGUGGGAAUGGCCUACAAAACCAUGGCAACGUGUGCACAUUGACUACGCAGGACCUUUCCUUGACCACAUGUACCUAGUCGUUGUUGAUGCGCACUCAAAGUGGCCUGAGGUUUUCUGCACAAAGACCGCAACCUCUGCAAAGACAGUUGAACUCUUACGGGCCCUGUUCGCACGCACAGGCCUUCCGCAUCAGAUCGUGAGUGACAACGGAACACCUUUCACCGCCGAAGAGUUUCAGCGCUUUGUUAGAAAGAACGGCAUACAACACACCACCAUUGUGCCGUACCAUCCAGCUUCUAACGGCCAAGCUGAACGUUUCAUUCAAUAA